AUGACUCAGCCAUCCUCUGUGUCGGCCUCCGUUGGAGAGACUGUUAAGAUCUCAUGUACAAGAAGCAGCGGGAGGGUAAGCAGCUACUAUAACUCCUGGUACCAACAGAAGCCCGGCAGUGCUCCAAUAAUGCUCAUAUAUACAGAUGAUGACAGAGCCUCUGGCAUCUCCAACCGAUUCUCAGGUUCUCUUGACAGCUCUGCCAAUGCCGCCAUCUUAACCAUCUCCAAUGUCCAAGAAGAGGAUGAGGCCGAUUAUUACUGUGCAUCUUAUGAUGGCAGCGCAACCCUGAUUCGCUGUAGGCGUUGCGAUGCCCAAUUCACCAUGACUCAGCCGUCCUCUGUGUCAGCUUCCAUUGUAAAAACUGUUAAGAUCUCAUGUACAAGAAGCAGCGGGAGCGUAAGCAGCUACUAUAACUCCUGGUACCAACAGAAGCCCGGCACUGCUCCGAUAAUGCUCAUAUAUUUGCAUAGCAGCAGAGCGUCGGUCAUCUCCGACCGAUUCUCAGGUUCUCUUGACAGUUCUGCCAAUGCUGCCGUCUUAACCAUCUCCAAUGUCCAAGCAGAGGAUGAGGCCGAUUAUUACUGUUUAUCUUAUGACGGCAGCUACAAGCACACAAUGAUACAACCCCACAGGGAAGUGAGACAAAAACCUCUUUGUAGCAGAUGUGCUUUGCACUGGUUGUGCUUGGUUGACGCAGCGGCUGAGUCUCCUGUGACUGGUCUGGUUAACUAG